AUGGAUCAAGUAUCUAGCUUUUUCGAGAAUAUACUAGCAGUAGAACCUAACGAAGCAGAUCAAGGCGCUAAAGAAAAGUCUAGACCGAAUGAAUUAAAGCAAUCUAAACCUAUGGCAGACAAACUGAAGCGUAAGUCAGAAAGUGAUUUUGCAUUCUGGACUCAUAAGAAAGAAGGAAAUGAUGAACCAAAGUCUACUAAUACAUUACUUACUGAUAAAUUAAUGGAGAAGAUCAUUUCCAUGGUCAUUCCAAUGAAUAUUAAAGAUCAGGGUGCAUUGAAUGAAAGAUUAGAAAUGCAGAAGACUCGUCCUCCACUAUCUGUAAAUUUGAUAUCGAAGAAUUCUAUUUUAUUGAAUCUGCGGCUAUCUGUCCCAUUUGAAACGAUUGAUAGUAUAAUCAAAUUUUUCAAUUGGGAUAACCUGACAUUUACAGUGGGUGUGCUAUUGGUAAUAACCCAUAUAAUCCUAAAUCCAUACUUGAUAUUCGUUUUGCCAUUAUUUCAGAUUUUAUUUAAUGUAAUGGUUCCUCAUUAUCUAGUUCUUCAUUCAACAGACAGAUCCAUGCUAAAUACGAGGUAUUAUCAACGAAAUCCUAUACCUGACGAUGGACCAGCUUUACAUGAGUCUGAAAUACCAAAACCAGUACCUGAGCUUUCAAACGAAUUCAUUUUGAAUUUGACUGAUUUGCAGAAUCAUAUGCUUCUUUACGUAGUAACAUAUGAUCUCAUACUAUGGGCAACGAACGGGAUAUUGUUUUACAAAGAUGAAAAUAUCAGUUCUGUGGUAUUUUUAGGUUUACUUACUUUGGGCUUGCAUAAUUUAUUCGUACUCCCUAAAGUUGUGCCUAUAUUGGUCUUAUAUUUACCGAUUAAGCUUAUGCUUGUUAUCUCCAUUUGGACUGCUACGAUUAUGUUUCAUCCUGUAAUAAGAAAUGUAUUAUUAAACUGGAUGUAUAACGAAGAAACACGGUUAUAUUUUGUUAAAUUGAACAACCAGGUAGAAGAGUUUUUAUUAAAUUUGAUUGUAAAAGUAGGUGAUGAACAAGUUAAUAUCGAAACGAAACAAGCCGAAAUUUUUGAACUUCAAAGAUAUGAUCAAAGUAGUAAAAUUUGGGAAUUAAAUGGAUUUACUAAUGACUUCUAUACCAUAAAUAGUCCUAUGCGGAAAUUAAAGCAAGAAUAUUUAAAGGUAAAGGACAAUGAUACAAAUGAAGAUGAAAGUUCUGAAAAAUCUGAACCUGUUGACAUUAAUACAACACCGAACAUCAAUGCUAUAAAACCACCAAUAGAUUGGGAAUUCAAUGAGGAGUCCUGGAAAUUAGAUUUAGAUGUGAACAAUUGGGUUAAUUCCAAUUUACUUGCAGAUCUUGUAAUGAUCGACACUGAUGAGAAAUGGGUCUACGAUUUGGAAUCAUCGACCACCUCUGAAUCCUUCAGAAGAAGACGUUGGGUCAGAACUUGUAAAAGACAAAGUACAAUCAAAGAUCCGAGCCAAAGUAAUUCUGGAUCCGCAUACAGCGAUUACUUAUUAUAG